AACCCGGAAACGCGAGGCUCGAGCCAGCUGCGCGAGCGCUUCAGGAGGAGGGAGGGCGGUGGCCGAGGCUCGCUUGGCUGCGCUCCCCGCCCCUCGGAGGCCGGCCCUCCAGCGCUCCCCCAAGGUCCACAGCGCUUGCGGGUACUGAGCGCUCAAGCCGCCGGCCCCGACCUGGGCCCAGCAGCUUCCCAGGCCAGCACCCGUAGUGGAGGGAAGAGCCGCCUUGGGGAGGAGGGAAAGGGACCUGGGGGCGGCCACGGCAGGUGAGGGGUGGGCGAGGCCCUGGGAAGCGGGGGAUGUGGGUGUGUGACGCGUUUGUGGCUGCAGGGUUAACCUCCAUUUCAGCUAAUCAUGGGAGAGAUUAAAGUCUCUCCUGAUUAUAACUGGUUUAGAAGUACAGUCCCCCUUAAAAAGAUUAUUGUGGAUGAUGACGACAGUAAGAUCUGGUCGCUCUACGAUGCCGGCCCCAGAAAUAUCAGGUGUCCUCUCAUAUUUCUCCCUCCCGUCAGCGGAACUGCUGAUGUGUUUUUCCGGCAGAUUUUGGCUUUGACUGGAUGGGGUUACCGGGUUAUAGCUUUGCAGUAUCCAGUUUAUUGGGACCAUCUUGAAUUCUGUGAUGGAUUCAGAAAACUUUUAGACCAUUUACAGUUGGAUAAAGUUCAUCUCUUUGGGGCUUCUUUGGGAGGCUUUUUGGCCCAGAAGUUUGCUGAAUACACUCACAAAUCUCCCAGAGUCCAUUCUCUCAUCCUCUGCAAUUCCUUCAGUGACACUUCUAUCUUUAACCAAACAUGGACUGCAAACAGCUUUUGGCUGAUGCCAUCAUUUAUGCUCAAAAAAAUAGUUCUUGGAAACUUUUCAUCUGGCCCAGUGGACCCUAUGAUGGCUGAUGCCAUUGAUUUCAUGGUGGACAGGCUGGAAAGUUUGGGGCAGAGUGAACUGGCUUCAAGACUUACCCUGAAUUGUCAAAAUUCUUAUGUGGAACCUCAUAAAAUUCGGGACAUCCCUGUGACCAUCAUGGACGUGUUUGACCAGAGUGCACUUUCAACUGAAGCUAAAGAAGAAAUGUACAAACUGUAUCCUAAUGCCCGGAGGGCUCACCUGAAAACAGGAGGCAAUUUCCCAUACCUGUGCAGAAGCGCAGAGGUGAAUCUCUAUGUACAGAUACAUUUGCUGCAAUUCCACGGAACCAAAUAUGCGGCUAUUGACCCAUCGAUGGUCAGUGCUGAGGAACUCGAGGUGCAGAAAGGCAACCUUGGCAUCAGUCAGGAGGAGCAGUAGCUGUUAGUGUUGGCUGUUAGUGAUGAGGGAUCCAGUGUGUUCAUACAAUCAGUGACAUCAGUGCCCACCAGUCGGCCUCUCUCUUCGGUUCGUCAGGUUCACCGGUUAUCACUGUGUUUGGAACUAGGACUGAUUGUCAUCUUCGUGACAGGCGGCAGCUCUUCUAAGCCAGUGUUAACUAUUCCCUCUUCAGUUUUUUUAGCUUUUGAACUUAAAGAAGUACUUUUGAAGAUUCCCAUUUUAAGAAUUGUGAAAAUUUUGCUACCAAAAAAAGUCUUCACCACUGUGUUGUUAAGUGAAUGUUAGUUUCUGAAUUUGGGGAUUCUGUGGAUUUUUUUCCUUUCUUUUCUUCCUUUCUUUCUUUCUGUUAUUUGCUGUAAAUGCUGCACAUCCACAUUGUGUAUCAGAAGGACAUUGAUAAGUUAUAACCAAGAAAGCAUAAAAAUAACCAGAGUGCCAAGGCUGUCACCCACUGUUUGCUCUCCUGCAAAUGAACUACUUCUAAUUUCCAGUUAAGCAAAUUGUUUUCAGUUUUGGCUGUUGUCUGUCUUUCUACCCAUUACAGUCUUUGGAAUAAAAAUUCAAUUUGA